AUGCCGUGCGGCCGUUUAUUUUUUCUAAUAUUCCUUGCCUUAACAAUCGCCGAAUGUACAGGAAGCUUUGAAAAUCAACAUCAAAGUUGUGGUACUCUGUAAGCAGCAUUGUUCCAGUUAUUUUUCAUGCUUCCAGUUCCCCCACCUUCCAUUCCAUCCCUGUGUAUCGCUAUUUGUUGACUGAGGUAUGCGAUUUUUACAUUUGGAAAUACCGUUACGGAGAUCAGAGCAUGUCACAGUAUGACGAGGCAUAUAAAUAUUAUGUGGGGAGAGACGGACCGUGCAGGGCAAACAAUGUGAAUUUAAUCAUCGGAAGACAAAACGCAAUCCAUUUUAUCAUCAGGAAGGAUGGCGAAAACUUGUUCUAUCUGUACGUAUGCCAUCAUUUGUACACUAAAAUUUUUGGGUCAACAAUAAUCGAGAAAUUAGCCCCUUAAAAAUCCCCGCUAUUUUUGCUGAAAAAGGGAGUACCUCUUUCCCGUUAUUACAUUUUUAUUUUUAGAAUUCGCCCCAAAGAUCUCCCAUCAGAAGAAGGAGAUGUUUUCCAUCGCCACUUGGAAACCAAUGCCGCUGAAUUUGCCCUCGCCUUUGACUAUCAAUUUGAAGAUUGUUAUGAGAUGAGCAGGACCACGAGAAGAUCUACUCUUCGAUGUUAUUAUUGGGACGGUCAGAAAAGACUCUUCAGAAUUGAUGUUCAUCUUAUAUGUAAAAGCAAAAAUGUUUGCAGAGUGUAAGUUUAUGCGAGUUUAAUGUGAUUUUAUCAUCUUUUCAGAACAACAUCUCAUCAGACUCAGCUCACCGAUCAGAAUAAUGUGGCCCACAAAUUAUUUGUCCAGUCUGUUAAUAAUCAGACUGUAAUAUACUUUUUCACUUCACAGUUCAAACAAUAUAUCCAAAGGUAUAUUGAAGGAUCAGUGCUGACUCAUUUGACGCAACAUUCCAUCCAUAAAAUAAGUGAUGGAUACAAAAUGAAAAAGUUUUUGAACGUGGGAAGUGAUGUGGUGAUCACUGUGGAGUGCAGGGAGGACAUGGGAAACUGCAGUUAUUAUGUCAAUACUGUGUCCGAUGUAAGAGCUUAUAUGUAUAUUCUUCGGCAUGUGAAUAAUGGUCGGAGUGUCGUGAUAAUUUUUUUUUUCGAUUUAUAAAAAUUAUACGAUCUUUUAGCUUGAUAUUUGCUGAAUUUCGGAGAUUUUGUUACCAAAAGUUGUGGAUGGAAUUUCUACAGAAUCUGUAAAUUUAUUUUUUAGCAAUCGGGCUCCGACACCACCUGUCUCUUCCACCUGGACCGUUUCAUUGUCACUGGAUUCACCCGCCUUGUUCCCCCCUCCUUAUUACACGUCCCCAAACGUCGAUUAUCCCCGACCAUUCCCUGGAAGAGGGAGCCAAGUCCUGAUUUUUAUUUCCAUGUCUACUUUUUGGCUUCAUACACUGUCUUCGCAAUGUUGUUGAUGCUGUCAUUGGAUGUGGCGACUCAGUUGAGAAGGAAAAAGAUGAAUAAAAUGUUCAAAGAAAUGAAAAGAUUCUUUAAAGAUUAUAAUGUGAUGAUUCCGAAGAGAGAGGAGGUCCAAGAUGUGUAUAAAAACGGAUUGGUCCGGGAUCUCAAGGAUUAUCAGAUGGAAUUCAAGGAGAAACUGGGCAUCGUUGGUAAGGAUACUGUAGCAGAUGAUGACUUUAUGGAUAAAAUUAAAAAUAUUUUGUGUUUUUUAGAGGAAGAUCCAUUCGAAGUGAAGCGUUUAAAACCAGAAAGAUCUUACGAUGACAUUACCAAUUACACCUUGUAG